AUGUUCUGGCUCCAGUCUGAAGAUGCUGCCAAAACCCUCCUACCCUUUCAGGAAUGCAGUUCCAAGGGGAAGGCACUUUCGGGCACAGCAAAUAUGCCUACUGACUACAACACUGGGAACAAUCCUGAUCUCCUGUGCAAUCUGUGCAACUGGAUUGGCCUUACAGAUAUAGGGAGCAGUGGGACAGCUUCAAGUGAGGCAGCUCGUCGAGUUGAGAGUCGAGAGGCCAACACAACAUUGGAAGCUUACAAAUCUAGAGUGUUUCACGAAAAAGACAGCGUAUCCCACGGUAAAAGAUACCCUUCUUUAGUUUUUGGGACACCCAAAUCAUCCAAGAGUAUUAUUGGGAAAAGCAGUCCUCUCUGGCAAUACAUACUGGAUCACUCUUUGCGGGAACAUCCAAUUCUAAAGAAGCUGCGACUGCUCACUGCUGAUCAUCCCUGGAGUAAAAUGAUGGUGACCUGUGACCAGGCUCAGCUUAUGGCAAAUUUGGUCAAGCUCAUUAAAGCCAAGAAAGUUAUUGAAAUAGGUGUUUUCACAGGUUAUAAUACCUUGAAUAUGGCACUGGUCCUGCCAGACAACGGCAGAGUUAUUGCCUGUGAUAUAAAUGAGGACUAUGUCAAAAUUGGAAAGCCACUGUGGAAGGAGGCAGGAGUAGAGCAUAAAAUUGACCUGCGGAUUAAGCCAGCAAUUCAAACACUUGAUGAACUGUUGGCCGGUGGAGAAGCGGAAACCUUUGACUUUGCUUUCAUUGAUGCGGAUAAAGAAAGCUGCAAUGAGUACUAUGAAAAAUGUUUGCGCCUCAUAAAGAAAGGGGGAAUAAUAGCUAUUGAUAAUGUCCUUUGGAGUGGAAGGGUGCUAAAACCAAGAAAGGAUGACUUGGCAACCCAGAGCAUCCACCACCUCAAUGAGAAGCUUCUCAGAGAUGCACGAGUCAAUAUCAGCAUGCUCCCAAUGGGGGAUGGAGUCACACUAGCGUUCAAGUUGUAACUGGAGGAAGCCCAGCAGAUGGGAAACAACAAGCAGCAUCAAAUCAUCAGGAAAAACGCAGGCAGAGCGGUAUCAAAAAUGGUUAUUUAACCUGUAUCUCCACUGGAUAGCAUAGCCUGGCAAAGUAGACUUUAGGAGCAGCAGGAUCCUAAGGGCAGCUAAGUUGGGAAGAGAGGCUAUUUUAAGAUCUACUAUGGUUUCUUAUUUUAGUUGUAAUAAAGCAAGUAAACUUACGUGAAGUUGUCCCUGUAAGAC